AGCGCAAUGUAUCCCGAGCCUCGCGGUCAAGGCGUGGAAGGCGCACCUGCCGCGCCUCGAGCCAUGCGAGAGGGUCUGCCCAACACCAGCGUUCUCCGACAGCGUAAUUUCCAGCUUUCUGGGGCACGAUCCGGGGCUUCAUCUGCGCAGCCCUUCGGAGCGACCCCUCAUAGGUGAGAAACGAAACUCUCAACCUGCUUAGCUCAACUCUUAACUAACCGUCCUUCUCCCAGCGCAAGCGCUACGCCGACUCAGGACGAUCAGCGACCACGAUCAACCUCCCGCUCACGGUCACGACCGAGGUCGACAUCCAGAGCCAAGAGCCGGUCACAAUCGCCCCAGCCUCCUUC